AUGGAAACUAUUUUUACGUCUCGUUACUAUAAACUCAAUCGUUUGUUUUUAUCGAUCGUUGGUAUUUGGCCAUACGAUGAUCCAAGGGAUAGUCUAAUACGAAAGAUCAGAACUUAUAUAGCACUUACAAUUACAAUAUUAUCGCAAAUAUUCGCCCUCAUAAAAUCUGAUUUAUCACUGCAAACGAUUAGUACAAUAUUUUCGUUUCUUGUACCAUCGUUAUGUCUAUUCAUUUCUUAUUAUAGCACCAGUUCUCAUAGCAAGAUGAAGAUUAUGAUCGAACAUAUGAAUUACGAUUGGUGCCAUUUAAUUUCUGAUAAGGAACGACGUAUCAUGGAGAAAUAUGCGAGCUUGACUAGAAUAUAUACGAUUAUUAGUAUUGAUUUCUGUCAUGCCUAUGGUUUGCUCGAUAUUACUGGGAAUAUGUUGAAACAUGCAUUUGAUACGAGAAAUUACAACGAAUGUACAGAAAAGGAUAUCGAGAAUAUCACGAUGAGAAUAAUACGUUGUGUUUUAUGUCACACGAGAACUAUACGAUUCAUCGAUAACAUAAAUUCAACAUUUAAAACAAGUAUAAUAAUUCACUUGAUACUUGGAUUUAUGAUGAUUUUGAUUGCGUUCUUUCAAGUAUUUUCCGUGGAAGAUAUUAGCAAAAAUAAAAGGGAAUUUUUAACGGCUCUAUUCUAUAUGAUUACUAUCAUUCUAUGGCUGUCUCUUUUUUCUUACAUCGGACAAAUGUUACUGAAUAAAAGCGCCGAGAUAUUGAAUAACGCUUACAAUUCGAUGUGGUAUUUGGCGCCAUACAAGAUGCAACAAUUAUUGUUAAUUAUUAUGAUUAGAUGCGACAAAUUGUCGGCUCUGAUUAUCGGACAAACAUUUGUGACGUCCUUGGAAUUGACCACAUCGAUAUUACAGAACGCGAUAUCUUAUGCUAUGGUCAUACGUUCUAUUCGUUGA